AUGCCCCGUCUCACAUCUCCCCCCUUUCACCCCACCUUCCUCUUCACCCACUGUCUGCAGCACGAUCCCAUCACCAACCGCUCGCUGGAUUGUGACAUUCGAUAUCCCAUCCUAUCCUACUCUUCCACCCUUCCCCCCUCCCUGACGGUUUUCCUAUGCCCUUUUGCCAUGCUCGUUCCCCCUUCUCUGCAGCACGACCCCAUCACCAACCGCUCACUGGAUUGUGUCAUUCGACGUGCCUUCUCCAACUCGCUCGGCGUCCCCUUCUUCCUUCUGCACCCCCUCGACACUCCAAUCAUGUUCUUCCGCAUCUCGGGAAGAACCGGCGAGCUACAGGAGGUGGAUGAUGAGGAGGCGGAGAGGAUCAUGCCCGCUGCAGCAUACGCUCUAGCGAAGAAGAGCCUGCACCUGACGCCAUCCGGAUUCACCCUCACUCUCAGAGGCGCCAUCUGCUUCACAGAGGAUGACGUCAUCAACCUGGACACUGAGCUGGGGUUUGGCAUCGGGGGCUCUUUGGCUGAAGGGGUUGACAUCACCACCUUCCUGUCUGGCGGCCAAGAGUACAUGAUCUACACGCCCUUCGACCCGCUCAUGUUUGUUGCAUACAAGGACCCUAAGAGCAGUGAGAUUCUUGUGGCUGAAGAUCCUGAGCUUCUGAACGAUCCAAAGGUGUUGGAUGCGAUCGAUGAGGAGCAGCAGUUCCAAGCCAUGGUGGUGUUGGAUGCGAUAGAUGAGAAGCAGCAGUUCCAAGCCAAGGUGGUGUUGAAUGCUAUAGACGAGGAGCAGCAGUUUCAAGCCAUUCCUCUACCCCUCCCCCCCUCCACUCUCCUCCCCUUUCCAGGAGGCAGAGGAGGAGAUGGAGGCAACACUGGAGCAGACAGCGAGACAGGCACCCUUGCGUUCCCAUAA